AUGGCUGAACAAAUGCAAGCUUGGCAAGCCGCCAGCCCAGGCACCUUCGAAUCCGUCUUCAAACACCACCCCUCCAUCACCAAACCAACUCCCGAAUCCCUCAAGCCAGGCCAGAUCCUCAUCCAAGUCUCCCGCGCCGCUCUUAACCCAGCAGACUACAAGGUCAUCGAGCUAGGCCUCGCCUCGCGCGCCAUAACUUCCUACCCCAAGACUCCCGGCAUGGAUCUCAGCGGCCGCGUCGUCGCUGUCGCAGCAGAUGUCACUGAUACCAAGGCAGGCGAUUAUGUCCUCGCGCGCGCAUCGCCUCUCAAGGCGUUUGGGUCGCUUGCUCAGUUCACAGUCUGCGAUAAAGAAGGAUACAGCGUUAUUCCUGAGGAUAUGGACUUGGAUCAAGCUGCUGGUGUGGGAACCGCUGGUCUUACCGCGUACCAGACUAUCCAGCCAUAUGUCAAAGCCGGCGACAAGGUGUUUAUAAACGGUGGUUCAGGCGGUGUUGGACUCUGGGGUAUCCAGAUUGCCAAAGCGCUGGGCUGCCACGUUACCGUUUCAUGCUCAACCGGUAAAGCAGAGCUAUGCAAGAGUCUAGGCGCAGACGAUAUCAUCGAUUACAAGACAAGCGACGUCAUGACCGAACUACGCAAGCGCGGAAAAGUGUUCAGUCUCUGCGCAGACAACGUAGGAGACUCACCUCCUAACUUGUACGGCGCGUCAAACGACUACCUCCUGCCCGGAAGCAGCUACGUUUUCGUCGGCGGUCACGUCUCAGCCAAGAGUUUCCUAAGCUUGUCUGCUGGAAUCGUGCGCCCUGCGUUUUUGGGUGGUGUCAAGGCCAAGUUUGUGAGUUACAUGACGGUGAACAAGACAAAGGAUUUGAACCAGUUGAGGGAUUGGAUGGUUGAGGGAAAGGUCAAGACUGUGAUUGAUUCGACGUUUGGGUUCAUGGAGGCGGAUAAGGCGUUUGAGAGCUUGAAGAAGGGGUCUAGCGGGGGUAAGGUUAUCGUCAGGGUUGAGGAGUAA